AUGCCCGCAAAAGAAGAUGGCUGGCAGAGCGGCGGCCCAUCUACAAAGACCAACCAGCAAGCCUCAAGUCUUCUCCAGCUUGAUGUCUUUUCUUCUUUCUCUCUCACCUUUGUUCGCUCAUUCAUUGAUACUCACAUAUCAUAUAGCAAUCGCUCUCCUCCUUCUCCGGAGCUGCCAGCCACCUAG